UACGCGACGGUAAGCGGUAGCCAGAAACAGAAGGCUACCACGAAGGAAAGUGUAAAAUAAUAUUACUCGUAAAUAUCUGUGGAAGAGUGUGUGCGCGCAUUUCGAGACAAAAGCAAUGAAUUUCUUUGUGUUGUGCGCUGCCAGCUUGGUGUGCUGCUUUGCGAUUGGCGUGCAAGCCGCCUACUAUUACGAUCGUCCCGAUGGACCAGCACAAUUUCUCGAUGAGGAUAAGGGACGUUAUGCACGCUGCGCAGGACAGUGCUAUUGCGGCACACCGAAUAUCAAUCGCAUCGUUGGCGGCACACAGGUGCGUUCGAACAAAUACCCUUGGACGGCGCAGCUGCUUAAGGGCCGUUGGCAUCAGCGUCUUUUCUGUGGCGGUUCGCUGAUUAAUGAUCGCUAUGUGGUGACGGCGGCGCAUUGUGUACACAACAAUCGCGAUGAGAUAACCAUACGCCUGCUGCAGUUGGAUAGAUCGUCGCGCGAGGCCGGCAUCACUAGGAAGGUCACUCAAACCAUUAUGCAUCCGCAGUAUGAUCAAAACAAAAUUAUAAAUGAUAUUGCGCUGCUGAAACUGGACACGCCAAUAACGUUUACCGCUACUAUACGUCCAGUUUGCUUACCUGAUAUCAAUCAAAAUUUCGACAAUAAAGAUGCCAUCGUCGCUGGUUGGGGCCUGGUUAAGCAGGGUGGUGUCACCUCCAAUUACCUGCAAGAAGCCACUGUGCCCAUCAUUACUAAUCAGGAGUGCCGUCAAACGCGCUACCAAAAUAAAAUUACCGAUGUUAUGCUAUGCGCUGGGCUUGUGAAGACCGGUGGCAAGGAUGCUUGCCAAGGUGAUAGUGGCGGGCCGCUGAUUGUCAACGAGGGCCGUUUCAAGUUGGCUGGUGUGGUCUCAUUUGGUUUUGGUUGCGCACAAGCGAAUGCACCUGGCGUAUAUACGCGUAUCAGCAAAUUUGUCGAUUGGGUUAAAUCAAAUACGCGCGAUGGUUGCUAUUGUAGUGUUUGAGGGCUUCAUAAUGAUUUUGAGAAA